AUGUCAUCCGCCUCAGAUAGCCAGAACCAAACCGCGAGCUUUGGGAACGACUCGCCGGUAAGUUCCUAUUCUUCCUCGUCUAUUUCACUUUCGCCUCCCCCAAGUCCUAAAAAAACCUCUAAACCCUUUGCCCAAUCCAAACCUACGCACGACGGAGCAACCUCCUCUUCCUCCCAAAGGCCAUCGAAGCCCACCACAACACCUACAAAACUCCCUUCCAAAACCUCCAAAGCAAUCGUUACUCUUCCGGCCAAGACCCCUCAACCAAAACCCAAAAGUACCCUUAAGCCGAAGCCCAAAACACCUGCAAAACUGAGGUUACGUCCGUCAUCUACGACUACCUCUAAGCCUUACACCAAGCCUGCCCCACCACCAUUCAUUCCUAACAUAACCCCAGUGGGUGCUAGCAUGACCCCCUUCCAGCCUACCUCCACAAUGCCCCAUCUCCAGCCGUUCGUCCACCGCCUCCACUUUCAAUCCAACCCUUAG